AUGCAAGUCACCCGGCCUACACAUGGUCAUAAGGCAAUCAGUGAUAAUUUUAGUAUUUUCAACACGGAAGCCGAAUUUUUUCUCAAUACAGCAUUGUCUGCACCAUGGAAUUUCCUUCAGCCAACGAAAAGACUUUAUGCCAAAUCGGUCGGAUCUGCUAAAUUUAUUUUAGACUCUCUUGCGUCAUCUGUUAGUGAAAUCCAAUCUACCCGCCAACAAUACAAGAGGAAACGCAAGAGACAGGAGAUUGAUGAGGGGUACAUGGAUGAUGUUUUGCAAAUAAAGCAGCUGUACGUGGAUGGAUUUACUUCGGAACAAAUCUGGGAGCAAGCAUUUAGAAUCCUCGAGUCCACGGCCUAUGAAAUAAAGCGAGACUUUGCCUUAAAUGCACCUUCGUUGUCUGCGCAAAAACCAGUCUACGAUGCAGACGUUGAGACCGCAGAACCACGGAUUGAUGAUUCAACUACUCAUGCAGGGAGCAACACAAAUGAAUCUGUUGAUGCCGACGAAGUAGACUUGGGGACUAUAGUGGAUUCUGACUGCUCGUCAAAUCGAGGAUUAGAAUUUGAAGGCGCCCAUGAUUCGUCCGACGACCGUGUUUCUGGAUGCUCAGAAGAAAAUGAUGUUACUGGCGACAACAAUCAAGUUACCUAUACCAAAGACCCUUUUAAGUUAAACGACGGAUUCUUUUCGAUCGAUGAGUUCAAUAGGCAAACAGAGCUAUUUGAAAAACAAGAUACUAAAGGAGGCCCGGGCGUUGAUGCUGAUACUGAUGACGAUAGCAUUGAUUGGCAUUCAAAUCCUUUUGCUACUAGGAAUUCGUCGAUUCUAGGACUCAACUCAAGUGAUCCCAACACGGGGCAUAAUGGAGGUAUUCCUGAAGAUAGUGAUGAAGAAGGACCAACAUUCGACCAUAUGGAUAUCAGUAAUGAACUGAAUUCAGAUGAUGACAUACAUGCUAGUGUUCCGGACGAAAAAGGCUGGAUUAACACAAAUGAUAUCAAAUAUUCCGACUUUUUUGCACCGCCUCCUCGAAAGGCCUUGACCAAGUCAUCACGUUCACACCUGGAGAUGCAGCCACACGGUAGUAUUUCUUAUAGCAGUGUUGAUCGUGCAAUGUCUGAUGUCCGCCGUGAUUUGUUCGAGGAUGAAAUCACGGCUGAUGAUAUGAGUGUCGCUGAGAACGAUUCACCCACCCUCGUGGGCCAGCGUUCAAGUCAUGAGAAACAGCGCGCGCGGAUUAUAAAUGAAAUUCGUCUCUUGGAAGCUGCCAACGUUGCAAAAAAGGAUUGGAUGCUUGGUGGUGAGGCUAGGGCAGUCGAAAGACCCACUAACUCUCUCAUUGAAGAGGAUAUGGAGUUUGAAAGAAUUGGGAAGCCGGUUCCAGUUGUCACCGCAGAAGUUUCCGAAAAUAUUGAAGUGCUUAUCAAGCAUCGGAUUCUUGUGAGUGAAUUUGACGAGGUCAUACGUCGGCGUCCUGGUAUUUUAGAUAGCCGAGGCACAAAGAGAGAACGAUUUGAGUUGAACGAUGCAAAAGCCCAGCAGGGGCUUGCUGAGCUUUACGAAACUGAUCACCUUCGUGCUACUGAUCCAAAUUACGUUGACCCAAGCAACCAGAAGCUCGUCAGAGAGCAUUCCGAGGUCUCCAAUUUAUGGAGUGAUAUAAGCUCUCAGUUGGAUACACUUAGUAACUGGCACUAUAAGCCCAAAGCUCCACAGCCAAGCAUCAACGUGGUUACCGAUGUCGCAACGAUCACAAUGGAAGAUGCGAGGCCAACAGCAAGUAGCACUAUUGGCAGUGCAGCUACUCUUGCACCACAGGAGAUUUAUACACCAGGAAGCAAUGGGAAAGUUCCAGGGGAGGUUGUCUUGAAGAGUGGGAUGUCAGUUGCUAAAGAGGAGAUGAGCCGUGAGGCGAAGGCUAGACUGCGUCGACUCCACAAGAAACAGAAGAAAGGCAACGUUGGUCGUCAGCAACAUGAGAAAGCGGCUGAGAGGGAACAAGUCGUGUCUGACUUGAGAAAGGGCGGUGUCAAAGUCAUUGGAAAAGAGGGAGAGGUCACAGACAUCCAGGGCAACAAGAUUUCAAGGACAAACCCCACUAUAGUAGCCGAUGCAUUGAAGCUUUAG